UAUAUAUAUAUAUAUAUAUAUAUAUAUAGGGUUAUAUAUAUAUUACUUUGUUUGGACACCACCAAUUGAUCUUCAAGGCAAUUCUGCAGUUCCCGCACAAUACAGGAAUGUAUGUAAAAAUCAAGUUCAACAUCUGACCUAUGGAGGGCAGUACUACGCUGAUCAGCGUCUAAACUGCCGGAAUCAGUCAGAAGAAUAGUUCGAUUUCGCUGCUCCCGCCGCCCAGCAAGUUUUUGUUAACAAUGGUUAGAAAGUGUUUUAUUGGUUGUGAAGGGACCUCUCCCUUGUAUGGUUUGCCAAAGGCAGAGCCUUCACCUAGCCGUCGGCUAGAUUUCAUUUUUAACCCUAUUCCCCCGACUUUACCAAGCCUUUUUCUGUGUCGCCUCCACUUCACGGAUGGCUGCUUCAGCAACCUGCGUUUGUUCAGCAAUGGAUUUGCGAAACUGCUAGCUCUUAGGGAAGAUGCUGUUCCAACACUUUGUGGCCCAAUGGGUGAAGAUGCCUCUCAACAUCAGGACUGCAGCGCCCAUUAUCGCCCCUUUGAACACGUCGGAUGCCAGACUGACACGCCUCAGAGGAUAUCGACGGGAACCCAAACAAACUCACCGGUGGGAAUGCAUUCUGUGGGAAUACAAAGUGCACGGUUGAAGUCGACAUCAGUCGGCACACAGUUGUCCAUGGGAUCGCUAAAGGCACACGUAAGAAGCAAAGCCAUGCAGACACAGGUGUCUCCUGUCAGUGCAGACUUCGGAACAACCGCUCAUUUGCAAGACUCACUGCUGACUUCAACCCCAAUAAAGGGCCCAGGCUGGCAACCUAGCAAGAGACCACGGCUUGAGUUGGAGGAAGAGGAGGAGAGUGACUCCUCAAAUGAAUCACAUAAAGAUCCGCUGGACUCGACAUACAACCCUGGUGACUCUGUUCUUACAGAGGAAACUGACGUCUCGUAUGAGACACAGCCCACACCGAAUGAGGCUAAGUAUAUUGUCUUUGAAAGCUGCCUCAAACAGCUGUUAGAAAACUGCCCCGUGUGUAAGGGAGGCUGUGAUCUUCAACAGCGAAGGAUUGGUACCUAUGUGGCUUUCACUCAGAAAUGUCUACACUGCAGCUACUUCAGACAUUGGGAGAGUCAGCCCAUGGCUGGAAAUACCCCCAUCGGCAACCUGCAACUUUCAGCUGCUACCUACUUCACAGGGUCCUCCUUCAUCCAACUACAAAAGGUGUGUGAGGCCAUGCAACUCCAGAUAUUUCAGUAUGACACCUUCAGGAGGCAUGCAAGGAAUUACAUGGAACCGGCUAUUGUUCACAAGUGGAAGAUGGAUCAGCAGCAUCAUUUCCAGCAACAGUUGCGCCUUGGUGGGUCAGUUGCAGUGGGAGCAGUGGCGAUUCUAGGGGGUGGCCUGGGGUGGCCAGGGCCACCCCAGAUCUGA